AACUUGAUAUGAAUGAACCAGGUUCUUCUAUCUCUAAAGCUGAAACCUCAAGUUCGAAUCCUAUAAAAAGUUACAAAAAACAUAAAGGCAAAAGUAGCCAAAGUAAUAGAAUUAAUAAAAGUCACACUGCUUACUUUUUUUCUAGAGACCCUGACGACAAUGAUAUAGCUUACUGUAUGAUAUAUAAAAGCGUUGACAGUAAAAACCCUGACAGUAAAAAUAAGAAACCUCAUCCUUAUAGUUGCAAAGGAGAUACAACUACAAACAUGGCCACUCAUUUACGGGAAGCACACAGCAUAACAAAACAAAAUUUUAGAACGUAUUUAGAUGCGAAUAAUGAAUAA